GCGUUUAAAGCUACGUCACCAACCAGGAAGUAGUGGAGAACCUAGGUGCUAAGACAGAACUGUCUUUAAAAAGGUCUCUGUAUCUAGCAAUUCAGUAAAAAAAAGACAUGCUCGACAACAGUGAAUUUGCAACUUUACGAAACAGAUUCAGGAGAGAUGCCGAACUUCUUCUGCAAGGAUCUACAUUGGAUGAAAAUGAGGAAAAGGGUAAAAAGGAAGAAGAGGCAAAAUCUCUCCCACGCUUUAACAGACAUUCUGUCUUCUGGAUAAUGGCGUCCGUGGCUGUCACAUAUUAUGUCGACUUCCUGAGCGUUCUCAUGCAGAGCGAAGACAUCAAAAGUUGGUGGUUUAAUGUGGGUUUGACACUCCUUGGUAUCUGCCUUACCCUGGCCGGGUUUUGCAUUGUGUACCUGGAGUGGUAUAAAGGCAUCACGCACUAUGACCAGGAAUACCCUGCCAUCCCCCCCCUUACCACAGCAGCCUUCAUUGCAGCGUCUUGCAGUUUGAACAUAGCACUGUGGCCAGUUUGGUCGUUCUUCACACCGCUCAUCCUGUUCACUCAGUUCAUGGGCAUAGUGAUGCUCAUCUCUCUACUUGGCUAAGAUAACCAGUGAGAUCUGUGAAAGGAAACUGUACAAAAUCAACAAGUUCUGAAUAGAGUGCUGUAAAAUGUACUCAAUGAUUUAAAAUCCGCUCCCUUUGUUUUAGUACGUUAGCCUUUUUAAAGUCAGUCCAGAGUUUUGUUUGUUCUUUCACAUUCAUAUUAUUUUAAAGGGAUUUCAUAAAUGUAUAUUUGUACCAGAGCUGUGCAGAUGGGUUAUAAAUCCAAAGCUAAAACCAAACGAGCAAAUUGAUAUGCCAAAGGGGUCUGGAAUAUUUUCUUUCUUUGAAAGAUCUGUGAAUAUUUGUUUUAUUUAAAAAGCAAAUAAUUUAUUUAAGUAGCAUAUAAAUCUUCCACAAAAGCAAACAUUGUUUGAAUGGAUAGAAAUGUUCUUGCUACAACUAAAUUGCACACUUACGUUUUACAGUCUGACUAAAUUAACUUCUACCUUAACUAUUGAACCAUUUGAUAUUGAAGAGGGACUUUACCAUUAGAUUAUGAUGUUUCUUUGUUGUGUACAAACACUCCAUUCGACUACAUGUGUCAUAUUUUUUGUUGAAACAUUACAUUGAUUAAUAAUCAGAAUUUGAUACGUUCUAAUUUUCCAUUAGUGUGGGCAACGUCAUUGAGUGGACUGAUUAAUGUUGAUUUUUUUUUUUAUCUAAUAAUUUGUUUGAUUUGUGUAUAUAUUAAUUUUAUUUUGUGGGUGUUUUUACAAAGUUGGAAUAAUGACCAUAUACAAUAUUUGUAACUUUUUAAAGUGUUCGUUUUUGCUAUAUUAUUUGAUUAAAAUGUAUUUAAUUCUAACCACUGAA